AUGGCAAUUAAUUUUACCGGCUCCACCCUUCAGCAGGAUGGUCGGUUUUCGGAUAAGGAUAGAAAACUCAUGGCAUCGAUGAAAUUCCCGGCGUCUUUUUCGAAAAAAAUAGACAUGAAGCGCGUGAAUUUGGAAUCCAUCCGGCCAUGGAUCUCCCUAACGACAACAUCCAUGCUUGGCGGUGUUGAGGAUGAUAUUCUAAACUCGCUAAUUAUGAAUUUCCUACAACAGCCGACAGUCGAUCCCAGGAUGGUCCAAGUACAAAUCACCCCUUUUCUAGAGGCAAAGGCGCCCACGUUUAUGUCAGUGCUAUGGAAUCUUCUCAUCCAGGCGGAAACGACUCCAAAUGGAGUCCCGCCAACCUUAAAUGAGCUCUUCAAAAAGACAAUCACUGUGGAAAAGAAAAAUGAUACCACAGACACGUACGAGAAUUGGAAUCGGGAAAAAAAGCCAAACUCUACCGAGCAUCGGAGAAACAGGUCCCCAUCAUGCUCACCAGAGAGACCACGUAGCCGUCAAGCCUCUCCUCAUGCUCCAAAUCGGUCCUUGAGACGCUCUCGAUCAACACGGGAUAUCCACGGCUUCGAGCCAGUGAGCGCUACCGUGGACAUGAAAAAGACGACGAUGACCAUUAUUCGAGGCAUCGACACUACCUCGACCGCCGUAAACGUUCGCGAUCACGCUCCCCAAAUUGAUUUUUAUAAAUAA